AUGCUUCAUGAAAUCCUCCUCUCGCUCUCUGGCCACCCCUCCGCGCUGUUCGAUACCCGCCACAGUACCUCACACGUGACGUCUGCACUCCUUUCCCCUUCCGAGGCUGAGCUCCUCUCUUCGCUGGCCCAUCUGUCCCACCUGCAUCGCCGGACCCGCGACCAUGUUGUGCAUGUUGCUGCCAGCCAUCCUUCAACCAUCUGCCGCGCGGUUGCGACAGCCAUCGCGUCACAUCACCUCGACAAGUUCCAGCAGAAGGUUUUAGACGUAGAGAGCCGCGUACUGAAAAAAGAUGCCUCUACUGUGGGCGCCUAUGGCAUUGUCCCCUUGGCCGGGCUAGUCAGCGAGUUCUCGGAAUGGACCAAGCUUAUGGAGUGGCUGUGGUACAUCAGCGAUUUCAUGAUGACCUCCGACGUCUCCAAGAAUACCAAUCGCGAGGAGCAGGCAGACCACAAUGUUGCUGCAGGCGCCGAACUUAUCGACAAGCUUAGGGUGGAAGCGCAGACCGGUUAUCCCGAUAUCGAGGCUGCCUCCGUCUAUCUUGGUAGGGUUGCGGAGACGUCGUGGCUGCGCCAGCUGUCAACAUGGCUGUUGUAUGGCCGUUUGCCCUCCUUUGGGGCGUCCGAUUUCUUCAUCAGAACAGAAGAAGAAGAUGGCGAGUCAUCGUUUGUUCUCGACCACAAGAUCCUGCCUAAGUUCGUUACCCGUCAGACCGCUUCUUCCAUGCUGUUCAUUGGAAAGUCCCUCAAUCAAGUACGUUCCCUAGGAUCCUCAAAAGCGCUGAAGGUCCCAAUAUCUGGUGCCUCCGGUCUGGAACUUCUUCCAGUUCAUGUUGGCCACCUCUCCGAGGUCACCGCACCCAUAUCCUCGGCUAAACUCUCCGGUGCAGUCGCCAAUAUCAGACUCUCGCUCUCACGGAACCUGCUGCAGCACCUUUUACCCCGAGAGAAAAUUGUAGAAAUUCUUGGUGUACUUCACCAAUUUUUUCUGCUUGGCCGAGGGGAGUUUCCUGUCGCCUUAAUUGCAGAAGCGGACGAGAAGAUUCAGUCUCGACACCGAAGCCCGGCUCAUGUCCAGAAAACGCAGGGAUUUCAAGGAAUUUUAUUGAAAGAGGCUGAGAUCAACAACGCCUUGUCUCGUUCAUGGUCAGUGUUGUCGUCGCUGACUGGUGAAGAGGACCGCACGGACGAUGCAUUGGAUCUUGCUAUAGAUAUUCUCCACCUCACCCUUCAAACCCCCUCAAGCCAACGGCCCGGAACGCCGGGGCGUGCUAGGGAAUCUACUACAGCCCUUCCAGUUCUCUCUAACGUAGCUUUCAACGAUUUGCUACUCUCAGCGCCGAUAUCGCUCACCAUGGACAUCCGAUCUCCACUUGAUCUCUUCCUUACGAAAUCUGAUCUUGAAGCUUACUCAGUAAUCAACUCCUACCUCCUUGCUAUCCGGCGUGCUCAUUUACAUUUGGCACAACUAUGGAGACAUAGCUCCAUCCGAAGAGAGCAUCCACCUCCUCCUAAUUACCAGUUUAGCAACAGUAAGGAAGGAAGAGCUAUUUUGGAUAGGCGGCGCCAACGGAAUAAUUCGCGCAGCCGAGAAAUGCGGAAGGUCUGGGCGACUUGCGCCGCUGCUAUCUUUUUUCUUUCAGAGAGCGAGGCCUACUUCCAAGGCGAAGUUGUUCAAGAGUCUUACAAGCACUUCCUACAUUGGUUCAUUGAUCCAACUUCACCACAAAGCACCACAGGGAUCUUUCAAGACGAUUCCAAUCUCUCUAGUUCUGACGUGCCUGGAUCUUUCCGGAAGUCUUCCAGCUACCGAGAACGUCACCACGACCCUGAAACACUCGCGUCAGCGCACCGCCAAUUCCUCGGAUCCCUUUCAUUUUCUCUUUUACUUACCGACGUGACUUUUACAAGAAUCAUCCGAGACUUUUUCACGCAUGUUGACGAGCUCGUAGCCUUCAUUACCCGACUGCAUUCGGUUCGCCAAAAUCUUGACCUCGAAGAGGAUGAUGGGGUCGAAGACUUUUUAAAGAACUACAAACAGGAAGAGAAAGACGUUGGCAUCGAACUAGAUCGUUCGAGAAGGAGGCUGGAUGGUGACAUGAAGUCACUGAUCUCGAGGCUUCGGGACAUUGAUGCUGAGAGACUGGGCUCAACUCCUAAUUUAGGCUCGUUGGGCUCGAGAGAAGAGGGAGGCUAUGAGCCGUUGCGACUUGGUGGUGUGGACCGCUUGUUAAUGAAACUCGAUUGGGGAAUUACCGAAGACGAAGAAAAAAGCAAUGACUGAGUUACCAUAAAUUUUUGGAGCUGGUUCAUUAUAGAAUGAGACUUCCUGGUUCACACAGGAAAAGUUUGGAAAGAAAUUUGGUGGAUAAUUUCCUUCUGUAUUAAUCCUACCCGAUCAUCAUGCACAAGACGGAGCUCUUAAGAAAUGUGCUACUCACAGUGACUUUGGACAAAGGAUAGCCUCUUCUAAGGUGUGAAAAAUGAUCUUGCGUCGUUUGCCUUCUCCUACAACCGGAUUCGAAUCACUCGCAGAACUGUAGUGUAUGAUGGGCGAUAUUCUAGAGUACAACUAUACUAUUGUUGCAUACUCAUACAAAGGACAAG